AUGAGCAUGCCCGAAAUCGAAAGCACAACCGCGCUUUUACUUCUCGGAGGAAGCGAAACCACCGGCACGACGAUUUGUGGAAUCCUUAAUUGUUUGGAGCUGCGGAAAUUGCAAACGGAGGUUCGAACGAUUUUUGAGAGGGAUGAGGAUAUUACGCUGAGUGCGCUUCAGCAGUUGCCAUUCUUGAAUGCGGUGGGUAGUGAAGGGUUGCGGAUUUGUAAUCCUGUUCCGGGUGGACUUCUUCGGGUUUUACCUCCUGGAGGUGCAACUGUUUGUGGAUACUUUCUUCCUGACGGUACACACAUCGCAUGCAACACCAUCGCCAUGGCUCUCAGCGCGGAUAAUUUCCACAACCCUCUCCAAUUCCUCCCUGAUCGCUAUCUCCCCUCCCGCCUCCGCCCCAACGAAUACGUCAACGAUAAUCGCAACAUCCUCAAACCCUGGGGACUAGGUUCACGCGUCUGUUUUAGGACGAUCUUUCGGCCAGGCAGAAUUGCGAUCAGUGCUUGCGCGCUUGGUGUGGAAUUUUGA